AGAGGGACCCCGCCCCCGGCACGCCCCAUGUCUGGCCGCGAGGAGGGGGGCUCGUUGUCUCGUGGCUUUCCCCCCCCCGGCCCUGGGGAACUUGGUAACGUCCUUGGGCCCCGUUGAUGGGAAGCGGGGGGGAGGAGGUCGUGGCGCCCCCUGGCGGCGGCUGCCGGGGCCGCAGCGCUCCCGCCUGUCUGUCUGUCUGUCCGUCCGUUCGUGCUUCGCUCCCAGCCUGGGUCCCUGCAUCCAUCCGUCCUUCCGUCCGUCCGUCCGUCCGUCCCUGCCUCCCUGCCCUUCAGCAGCCUUCCUCGUAGCGGCUGAUGCUGUUCCGCCCCGCUCCGUUUUCCUCCGCGGCCCGGCGGGAGCAGGCAGGCCGCAGCCAUGCUGCCCUCCUUCAGUUACCUGGGCGAGCACGCCGGCUUCCGCGGCACCAUCAAAAACUCGCCGAGCGACUUCGUGGUGACGGAGCUCGAGGCGCCCGAGCUCUCCCUCGGGGAGUGCCGAGCUGAGCCGCCCCGGAGCAGCCCGCGUCCCGGGGAGCCCAAGAGGCGCAGGACGGCGCCGAGCGGCCCCGGGCGGGCGGGAGGCGGCUGUGCCGCGUGCCCGGGCACGAGCGAGCGUGCGGCAGAGCCCGGGCUGCAGUCCGGCCGCGGGCGGGCCCCUGUGUUGGAGUCCCUGCUCGGCAAGCCCGUGAGCGAACUGCUCGGCAGAUUUGCCUGCGACGUGAAGGAUGCGUGGGGCUUGGAAAACAGCGCGGAUGCUGGUGCUAGGGAGUUCUCGCUAGGACCUAGGCUGGACAAGAAAAUUCGAGCAGAUUUACACAGUGCUGUUAGGCAGAAAUUCCCCUUUCUAGUCACUCUUACAAAAGACAAUGAAAUGAUUGUAAAAGGGAAUCCUGAUUACAGAGAACUUUGUCAAUUAGUGACUGAAAAGGAAACGAGUGAUUUCUUUAAAUUUUUAGAUGCCAAGUUAGAAAAUUCUACGUUUUCCUUUGAGCCUGAUGGAAACAAAGAGCACAGAAAAACAGUUCACCACUUUAUCAAUAGAAAAUUUGGAAAGCUUUUAGAAACAAAAUCUUUUACCACGACAGAUGUCAACGAUCAGCCAAAUACAUCAAUAACGGUACGGUUUCGAGGAAAAAGUGGGUCCAGAAAAAGAUGUGCUGGUGGUUUUCAGGAGAAGCAAGAUAUUUAUACAGCUUUCACCCUUCAGAAAGAAAACCUGGAAACACUAGAAGCAAUCGGCUUGUUGGCAGCUGAACUUGAUGUUCUUCCUUCAGACUUCAGUUACACUGGCAUCAAAGAUAAGAAGGCAAUCACUUUGCAGCCUAUGGUGGUGAAAAAGGUGACUCCUGAGAGGUUGAAGGAACUUGGAAACAAAAUGGAAAAAAAGGGUAUGAAAAUACACAACAUCCGUCCAGCAUACCAGCACCUCAGACUUGGUCAGCUGAAGGGCAAUCACUUCGAUAUAGUUGUGAGAGAUCUCCAGCACCACAGUCACGACUCUUCUGCAGAUUUGAAGGAGAGAAUAGCUGAAGCAGUGGAAAGUGUUAAGACAAAAGGUUUUGUGAAUUACUACGGACCUCAGCGAUUUGGACAAGGACAAAUUGUUCAGACAGAUCAAAUAGGAUUGGCUUUACUGAAGGAAAAAAUGGUGAAAGCUGUGAAAUUAUUUUUCACACCUGAAGAUACUGAUGAUCCUGUAAACAAUGCAAAAAGAUACUUUCUUCAAACUGAAGAUGCAAAGGGCACACUUGUAAUGCUUCCAGAAUUUAAAGUAAGAGAGAAGAUGUUGCUGCGAGCUUUAAAUCGCUAUGGUGUAAAUGAUGAAGGUUGUACCAAAGGAUGGCUCAGCAUUCCUCACUCCUUGCGCAUAUUCUAUGUCCAUGCUUAUUGCAGUAAAAUUUGGAAUGAAGCAGCAUCAUAUAGGCUGAAGACUUAUGGCUCAAAAGUGGUCGAGGGUGAUCUUGUCUUCUUGGAAGAAAAUGAUGAAAACAUUUCCCUGAAUGACAAGGUUCAUGUAGUCACUGCUUCAGAAGAAUCAGCUAACAAAUAUUCUAUAUACCAAGUGGUUCUUCCGAUGGUUGGACACAGUAUCAAGUAUCCCAGUAAUAAAGUUGGACAAUGGUACCAUGAAAGACUUUCCAAGGAUGAGCUGGAGUUGUGCAAAUUCAGAGUGUCUCCAUUACAGCUAAAUAUACCUGGAUGCUACAGACUCAUUUUGAAGAAUGUUCAGAAUCUCUCAUAUUUUUUGGAAAGUAGUGAAAAAGAGAUCAAAAUUGAGGACAACCAUCUGAAUGAUUUAGAAGUCUCUCUUCAUAUAUCAUUUGACCUUGAUCCUUCAUGUUACGCAACAGUCUGUCUGAGAGAAAUAAUGAAAUGUGAUUUUUAAGAUUCCACUUAACAAAAGAUUGCAGAAAAAUUGUACAAUGUUGGUAUUUUGCAUGUAAUGGCAAGAACAUAAGGGAGAAUAACAGGUUCAAGUCAUGAACAGGAAAAAACUUUAGAUUGAGAUUCAUGCAGAUAAGGAAAAAAAACAUUACCAAAAUCCUUUAGAAUGUUUCAAAAUAAUUCCAAACUCUUAAAUGCAUUGAAUGCAUUGGAGUAAAACUGUUGCACCAGGAUGGUCUAACAGAACUUAAAGAAAUCAUGGGCAAGCAGCAUGAAUUUCCUGUUUGCAGAGAAAUCAGGCUUGCAAAGUUAAGUCCUGGAAAUGCAUUUGCAGCAAACAAAUAUAUCUUGUAAUUCAUAGUAUUUUUAUAUGUUUUAUACUAAAUGCUAUUCAAGCAAUAAUGGUCAAGUCUAAAGGUUUCUAACUGAAAGGUUGUACUGAGGUUUCCUAAAUUUGUUGUGUUUCAUUGUGUUCAGGUAUUUGGUGUUAAAAGGUUAAAGCCCUGAGUCAACAGUGACAAGUUGUCGGUUGCCUUAUCAGACAUUUGAUGAAUGCCCCAAAUUAAGUUAAUGCUGACAAUGUCAGGAUUCAGUAGUGCAUAGCUGGGAGUGCCUAUUUUAGUAAGUUCUUCAAGAUCAGAUGAGUACUUGACAUCACUGGAAAAAACAUUUAUAAUAAAACCAAAACCAUAUAACAUUGUUUACAAGA